AUGAAACCACCCCCAAGACAGAAGCACGGCCUGAAAGUGAUCUACAUGAUUGAGCCCAUCGACCAGUACUGUGUGCAGCAGCUCAAGGAAUUUGAGGGGAAGACUUUAGUAUCAGUCACCAAAGAGGGCUUGAAGCUUCCUGAAGAUGAGGAAGAGAAGAAGAAGCAGGAGGAGAAGAAAACCAAGUUUGAGAACCUCUGCAAAAUUAUGAAAGACAUCUUGGAGAAAAAAGUCAAAAAGGUGGUGGUGUCCAACCGCCUGGUCACAUCUCCAUGCUGUAUUGUCAACAGCACAUACGGCUGGACGGCAAACAUGGAGCGAAUCAUGAAGGCGCAGGCCCUGAGGGACAACUCGACUAUGGGCUACAUGGUGGCCAAGAAGCACCUGGAGAUCAACCCUGAUCACUCCAUUAUCGAGACCCUGUGGCAGAAAGCGGAGGCAGACAAGAACGACAAGUCCAUGAAGGAUCUGGUCAUUCUGCUGUAUGAGACCGCACUCCUGUCCUACGGGUUCAGCCUGGAGGACCCCCAGACCCACGCCAACAGGAUCUACAGGAUGAUCAAGCUUGGCGUGGGUACUGAUGAAGACGACCCCACUGCUGACAACACGAGUGCCACGGUCACUGAGGAGAUGCCCCCACUGGAGGGAGACGACGACACGCAUGGAAGAGGUCAACUGAGCCCAGCUCCACUCGCUGUCCACGUUCACUACUUCACCCUCAUUCCUUCUCUCUGA